UCUAACCCCUUUCCUCCUCCUCCUCUCCUAGGCAAAAUGUCGGAAGGAAACGCCUCCGGCGAGCCCAGCGCUCCAGGAGGACCCCGGCCCCUCCUCACCGGUGCCCGGGGCUUCGUCGGGCGAAGGCCCGCGCCCCCACUCACUCCCGGCCGCCUUCCCUCGAUCCGCUCCCGGGACCUCACCCUCGGGGGCGUCAAGAAGAAAACCUUCACCCCAAAUAUCAUAAGUCGGAAAAUCAAAGAAGAGCCCAAGGAAGAAGUAACUGUCAAGAAGGAGAAGCGAGAAAGAGACAGAGAUCGGCAGAGAGAGGGCCAUGGGCGCGGCCGAGGGCGUCCAGAAGUGAUCCAGUCCCAUUCAAUCUUUGAACAGGGCCCUGCUGAAAUGAUGAAGAAAAGGGGGAACUGGGAAAAGACAGUGGAUAUGUCGGACAUGGGACCGUCUCAUAUCAUCAAUAUCAAAAAAGAGAAGAGAGAGACAGAUGAAGAAACAAAACAGAUCCUACGUAUGCUGGAGAAGGAUGAUUUCAUUGAUGACCCUGGGCUGAGGAAUGACACUCGGAACAUGCCUGUACAACUUCCUCUGGCCCACUCAGGGUGGCUUUUUAAGGAAGAAAAUGAAGAGCCUGACAUGAAACCUUGGCUGGGUGGUCCUAAAGAAGAGGAGAUGGAGGUCGACAUGCCUGCUGUGAAAGUGAAAGAGGAGCCACGAGAUGAAGAGGAAGACACCAAGAUGAAGGCUCCUCCCAGGAGAGCCAGAAAGACCCCUAGUCUCCCGAAGGACAUAUCUGUGGCUGACCUACUCAGGGACCUGAGCCUCACCCAAGAGGAAGAGCUGUUAUUCCUGCAGCUACCCGACACGCUCCCUGGCCAGCCACCCACUCAAGACAUCAAGCCUAUAAAGACUGAGGUGCAGAGUGAAGAAGGACAGAUGGUGGUUAUAAAGCAGGAAAAAGACCGGGAAGCCAGACUGGCAGAGAAUACAUGUACCUUGGCUGACCUGACAGAGGGUCAGGUUGGUAAACUGUUAAUCCGAAAGUCAGGAAAGGUACAGCUCCUUCUGGGCAAGGUGACUCUGGAUGUGACCAUGGGGACUGCCUGCUCUUUCCUGCAGGAGCUGGUGUCUGUGGGUCUUGGAGACAGUAGGACGGGUGAGAUGACAGUUCUGGGACAUGUGAAGCACAAAAUUGUAUGUUCCCCCAAUUUCGAGUCGCUCCUGGAUCACAAACACCGAUAAAAGGAACAGAUGGAGGAUGGUGGUGAUUAUUGUCGCUGCUGCUACCAGCCCUAGAGGUGUUGUUCUCAAUUCAGUGCAACGAAAAAUGGGUCAGUUUAGCCCACCCAGUGCAGAGCCUUCGUUCUGGCUUCCCUCCUGUCACAGCAGUGAGUUGCAGCAUGGAUGCAAUCCAUCCUCAUUCUGGGACUUUGUCGGUCUAUUUAUUUUUCUAUUGUAUCUUCUCUCCAGCGGAUUGUAGCCUUGAUGGAGGGGGAGGUCUGUAGAUGGUCCAGGCUCUUUGUCCUGGGGCCACAUAUUGGUGCUCAGGCCUCGAGUGGAAUCACACCUGCUGCUUGCUCCUCCUGAGGCAGUGGCAGGGAGACAACGGGGAAGAUUUGACUCAGACUGUGUCCCAGCUGUGUGGGACAUUGGUCAAACUACCUAACCUUUCUGAGCCUCCUAUUCCUCAUCUGACAUAAAUGGGGAUUCUCCUACCUCAUGGGGUUGUUGGGAGUCUUUAAGAAGUAUUAUAGAUGAAAAGUCAUCUCUGGGCCAGACAUAAUGGUAGGCAUUCAAUAAAUUUGUUUUCUUUUGCCUCAGAUUUUUUCAGAAAGACAGCUACAGAUCUCCCAGAGACAAGUCACUCUAAGUCAAGGGCUUUUUGUUCACAGGGGUUAGGCAUUCCUACGUCUUCUCAAAUAAGCAGCAUCCUUGGCACUCUGCAGAAAAAAGAUGAGGCAUGUCUGCUUUCUUGGUUAUUGGUGCCUAUGCCAAGGCUGCUUUGGGUGAAGCUGUGGAAACCACUUCUGGAGCAGGGACAAACCACACAGGCCCAGUCAAGCUGCCUCCUCCUAACAGUUCAGUGGUCCCAGAGGUUUUGAAGGGAUACUUGUCCCUUAUUUUCUCACUUUCUUUCCCCACUGAGCCCUUUCCAGCAUGACUGGGACUUAGCUACACUGAUCGGUGUAAGCUGCCCAGCCAAUAGCUAUGAGAGGGACUGAGGAUUGAAUCCCCUCGUUGCCCGCUUCAUAACUCAACACCCUAGGGAGCUGUUGGGAAGUGUGGAUCUGGGUGUUCUUUCCUUGCUGUGGAAGGAACACAAAUGUUCCUUGGAGACAUGUGCCCUGGAAAUCCUGUUUGUUACAAACUGUGGUUUGUUACUUCAAUACUUGUUUCUCCUUUUGACUGGCAGGUGCACUACCAGUGGAUCUCCACUGUGAGUCUCUUUUUCUACUCAGUUUGGUUCAUGAACAUCUUUCUGCUGUUUUGGCCAACUCACAGACCCUUGUUAGAUGUUUGGUAGUUUUCAGUCUUUUAGGUCUUUGACUUCCAAGAAAACUUGAGGAAGAGAAUGCAUUACUUUCAUUUUUGCCAAUUACCAUUUCAGGUAUUUGAAUAAUUAAAUUUAAUGACCCUGCAUCAGAGUCCUCAUGAUCCUAUGUCUGUGUUGCUCAGAUUGAAUGUCAUCAAUAAAAGUGUAGAUAAAA